UCCAGUUCUACUUGACCAUUUGGCGGCAUUUAGAGUUGCACGCUUCACAGCCUGUCCCACGAAGCCACAACCCAUGGAUCUCUCUCUAACUUUCAGAUCUCCAUCACCUUUUCUUCUACCCAAAUCCAAACCAUCAACCCUCUCCAUCCCCCUCAUUUCUCUCAAACCAUCGCCUCAUCGCCUCACGGUGGCAGCGGCUGCAGGGAAUAUGAAGAUGAUUGAGGGCGUCAGUGAUGAAUUGAACUCCAUUGCUUCACAGAAUCUUGACUACGCUGCUGCUCGUAGAAGAGUUCGAUCUGCUUUCAUCCCUGUCCACCAGCAGCUUGAUCAUUUAUUGUUCAAGAUGGCUCCUACUGGUGUAAGAACAGAGGAGUGGAUCGAAAGAAACUCAAAGGGAUUGGAGAUUUUCUUUAGGCGAUGGAUGCCUGAACCCGGGGUUAAAAUUAAGGGUGUCGUAUGCUUUUGCCAUGGAUAUGGUGAUACUUGCACUUUCUUCUUUGAAGGCAUUGCUAGGUUCAUUGCAGCAUCUGGAUAUGGUGUUUAUGCUAUUGAUCAUCCAGGAUUCGGUCUUUCUGAAGGAUUGCAUGGUUACAUCUAUAGCUUUGAUGAAUUGGCUGACAAUGUCAUUGAACAAUAUGCAAAAAUUAAAGAAAGACCUGAAGUGAGAGGAUUGCCCUGCUUCAUAUUGGGACAGUCCAUGGGUGGAGCUGUUACUCUCAAAGUUCACUUCAAGGAUCCACAUGGAUGGGAUGGAAUCAUCCUUGUAGCACCUAUGUGUAAAAUUGCAGAUGAUGUAACGCCUUCAAAACCAGUUUUGAACUUUUUGACCUUUCUGUCUAAAGUUAUGCCAACAGCAAAGCUUGUUCCACAGAAAGAUCUAGCUGAACUGAUGUUCAGAGACCCAAGGAAAAAGAAGAUGGCUGUGUACAAUGUGAUUUGUUAUGAUGACCGAGUGCGAUUGAGAACAGCUGUUGAACUCUUAAAUGCCACAAAGGAAAUUGAGGAGCAAGUGGAUAAGGUUUCAUCCCCACUGCUGAUACUUCAUGGAGCUGCGGAUAAGGUUACAGAUCCAGUGGUGAGCCAGUUUCUUUAUGAAAAUGCCUCAAGCAAGGACAAGACUUUGAAGCUAUAUGAAGAAGGCUAUCACUGCAUUCUGGAAGGGGAACCGGAUGACAGAAUUUUAACUGUCCUUAAUGAUAUUAUAUCAUGGCUGGAUGCUCGGUGCUAGGUUUUAAUACAAUUAUUAUUAAAUUAAACUAAUGGAUGGGUCCUCGAAUUAAAGACAGGAGUAAAUUAAUCCAUUUAUUGUAAAAGUGAGUUCCCUUACCAUUUAAUUUUGAAGCAAAGAGUUCAAUUUUA